AUGAUCGUGUUAUCCGAUGCAUCCAAUCGUUUGGACAUGCACAGUAUCAACGAACAAUUUCGAGUUAAAAAGCGUUUGUAUAGCAGCACUGAUAAUGAUAAUUUGAUUCCGAAGAAAAGACACUGUAAUCGUGAUGGCUGCAGUCCUCUUGAACUCUAUCCAAUUGUUAAAUCUAUUUCUUAUCCACUAAACGUAAAUGAAGAACAUUGCUGUAUCGAAACAUCUAUAUUAGACUCAGCGCCCGUUUAUGUUAAUUUUUCCAAACUCUCAUUUCAAUCAUCAUAUGAUAAAACAAUCAAUGUUAGUGUUUACAAAUCGUUGGAUAGUAGAGAUAUAUCACCAAUCGUUAGUUUAUCUCCACAUGGUAUGCAAUUUUCACCACAAUAUCCUGUAAGAUUACGUUUACCAUUAUCCAUCGAUAAAAAACAAUUUGAAAUUGAUCAAAACGUAAUUUACGUUUGUCACAGUAAUACCAUGGAUAAUGAACCCCUAUGUUGGCAAAAAUUAUCAAAAGAAACAAAAACAAGUGUUUUAUAUGAAAAUAAUACGGUAUAUAUCGAAAUAUUCUUGACACAUUUUUCAUUAUAUAAGAUUAUAAUAGAUACAUUACAAAAUUUACGAACGAAAAUGAUCAAUUCAUGUUCCUCUUCUUCUUCCUCUUGUUUCAAUUGGUCAAAUCAAAAUGAAGUAUCCUAUGAAAAUAGACAUGAACAAAAAAUAAAGAAGAACGAUGAACAUUCUUAUUAUUGUCAAGUAUAUCUUCGAUGUUUUUCGAAUACAAAUAAAUUUACAUUAGAUGUGAUAUGUUCAAAAGAUAAAACGACAAACAUUAGUGAUACGAAUAAAGUUAUCAUUGCACAAUCAAGAUCAUCAAGGAAGAUAAACAAAGGCAUUGUCCGUAUUCGACUGACAUCAUCUAUAUUUAGUGCUGAUAGCUGUGCAAGUGAAGAAGAAUGUUUAACAAAAUAUGAAUCAAAUUUUGAUGAAAAUGAUUUUGAUAAACAGUUUGCACUUGUUUCUAAUAAAACUUGUUUUGAAUCAGGAGUUAUUGGUAAAAUAUUUAUUGAACAUCAAGAUUUAAAUGGAAAUUAUGAGCAAGUUUUUGAAUUAAAUUUAAUAGUAGAACAGUCAAUUUAUUUCAAUCAUUAUUAUCAUAAAUGUCGAUUAAAGGAAACUGACGACAAACUUGUUCAAAGAUCUUUUCAAUUGUCAGAUGAAGAACAUUUGAAUAUCAUUCUUAAUAAUUAUUUAAAAAAUGGAAUUAGCAUUGAAAAUAUGUGUAGAAUUUUUACUCAGAUGUUAGAAAAUAUUACUUUACCAGUUUUAAAUGAUCAACAGCCAUAUAUCUUGCCUAACGAUUUAAAUACUGAACAUUUGUCGUGUGGAUGUACAAUUGUAACAGAUGAAAGACAUCUUAAAAUAAGUAAAAAAUGCAAUUUGAAGAUAAAUGAUACAUUGAUUCAUCGAUUAUCUGAACCAUUGCGAUUAUGUUGGAAACAAAUCGGCAGAGAAUUCAAUUUUAAUGAUGUAGAUUUAAUUGAUAUUGAAAAAACUUAUCGUAUCGAUGGUCUUCGUGAAUGUUCACAUCAAAUGUUACGUGAAUGGUAUACACGAUCACCGGAUACGUGUACAAUUGAACAUUUAAUCACAAUAUUAAUUAGAAAUAAAUUAAUUAAUAUAGCAUUGAAUGUGCAUGAUAUAGUAACAAGUUAUAUAAGUGAAAUAUUAGAAGAUAAAUGA